AUGUCUUACAAGCUUAAUGACUACAGUUCGUUCUUUUCGCCCAUGGGGAACGCCAACGAGAUGCAGAAACUGUUUGCGGAGGAGGAGGCUGGACAUGUGCCGGUUAAGGAGCAGGUGCAGCAGCAGGAUGUCACCUAUGAAGCAAAGGAUGCUCCGUAUCACAUGAGAAUGGACCCGACUAGUCUCUGCUUGCUAGGGCAGCCGGUGCUUGAGGUCGGCAGUGGAGGUAUGAGAAACCAAACUAGUGAAACACCCGGGUUCCCUGUUGAUUUGGACUUUUCCCUCGCUCCCUCGUUUCAGCAGUGUGUCACCAAUAGAGCAAAGCUGAUGAAUAUGCCGCUGCCAAUGUGCAGCGGGGAGUCCUCCUACAUCGACCGCAACUUGCCGAGCAACACCGGGUAUAUUGCCGGGACAGACGAGAUUUGCAACGACACGGGAAUGGACUUGGGGUAUAAUCCGCCAGAGCUAGGGUUGCUGGAGUCGGCAGCGGACGAUGCUAGAGGUCAGUCUCAUGACCACGAUGACGCGAAUAAGCCACCCGGGUUUGAGUUUCCCCAGCUCGGCAAUGAAGAGAUUGCGUCGCACUUGUCGUACUCCGCCGCGGCAGCCACAGUGAGGUCUCCGUUAUCUGUCGAGGCCAAUGUUGAGACGUGCCCGCUGAAAACGGAGGACGGGGCGGUGGACCAGCAGGGCAACCAGUUGCAGCAGUCGUCCACUUCCUCCUCACUCAGCUCAUUCACCGCGUCGCUGUUUCAAAGCAUCUACCCGGUCAUCGGAGGCAAAGGCCUGGACUCUAUAAAGAACGGCUUCUCCUCGCCGGCUACACCAAAUAGACUGCAGACGCCCAAUAUAAAACAGGAAACCGGCAGCCCCUUCAAGCCUAGCAAAAAGGAACCAACAAAGCAGAGACCCGCAGUGGUGACCGAGUCGUCCGUGUCGACCCCAUUACUGCAGCCCCAUUCGGGCAGACCGCGGGUUAAAUCCGCGCACAACGUGAUUGAACAAAGGUACAGAAACAAGAUCAACGACAAGUUCAACGCGUUGCAGGAGUCGGUGCCCACGUUGAAAAUCUUGGUGCUCCGGAAGCACCAGGAGAAAAUGCGGUUGAAGCAGCAGCGGAUGCAGUUGAUCGGCGACGACGUGGACGAGUACGACAGCUCCGAGGGGGACGAGAUGGUCCCCUUUGGCGACCAGUACAACAACAUGUCUUUUGAAGACAUUGACUUGGAAGGGUUGGAGCCCGCACGAAAGUUGAACAAGGGCACAAUCUUGGCCAAGUCUAUAGAGUAUAUCAAGUUCUUGGAAGAGAAGAACAGCAGAAUGCAGCAGGACCACGACGAGUUGGUGGUCAGGGCCAAGGAGAUGGGGUUUGAGAUGCAGUGA